AUGCCGGUAGUUGGGCACUGGAUCCCUUCGGACCUGGAGAACGCGGCGUGGGUCGCGUCUGGCACUGGUUGGGACGCACUGGUGCUGGAGCAGACACAGGCAAGUGCUGGGAUCUCGGGCGCGUGCAGUGCUGUCGUGGGUCUCCUAUGCCGACGCGGACAGGCGCUGGGCGUGUGGAACCACGCGGGUGUGCACGGUCUAGCAGGCGCGUGCUAUCUCGUGCAGGGGAUCGAGGCGCAAUCAACACGGGCAGUAGUGAUGUGCGGCGUGCAGGUGAUGCGCGGUGGUGCUGGACGUCGCGGGUCGUCGCAACUGGGACCUGGUACGUGGUCUGGGUGCGUCGCAACUGGGAACCUUAAAAUCGAGCUCGAUCAAUAA